GGGAGGCCGCGGUCCCGGGCUGCAAGGGGCGUGGGUCGGCCGCGAUCCAGCCCGGGCGGAGCCGGCAGCUGCAAGCUGCAGCCUCGAGGUCGAGGCGCUCACAGCUCUGGGCUGGAGGCUCCGGAGAGCUCGGGGGUUCCCGAUGCAGCUGCUGCUGCUGCUGCUGCUGCUGCUUUGGCCAGUGCGGGGCACCGGGGUGCUUCCAGGACCUACCCCUGGGCAGCCAGCCACCGCCCGCUGGGUCCUGGAUGGACAACCCUGGCACAGCGCCAGCCUGGAGGAGCCGGUCUGGAGGCCAGAUGUGGGACUGGUGGCCCUGGAGACUGAAGGCCAGGAGCUCCUGCUUGAGCUGGAGAAGAACCACAGGCUGCUGGCCCCAGGAUACACAGAAACCCACUAUCGCCCAGAUGGUCAGCCAGUGGUGCUGGCCCCCAACCACACGGAUCAUUGCCACUACCAAGGGCGAGUGAGGGGCUUCCCCGACUCCUGGGUAGUCCUCUGCACAUGCUCUGGGAUGAGUGGCCUGAUCACCCUCAGCAGCAAUGCCAGCUAUUACCUGCAUCCCUGGCCACCUCAGAGCUCCAAGGACUUCUCAACCCACAGGAUCUUCCGGAUGGAGCAGCUGCUCACCUGGAAAGGAGCCUGUGGCCACAGGGAUCCCGGGGACAAAGCGGGCAUGGCCAGCCUUCCUGGUGCUCCCCAGAGAAGGGACAGGCGAGAAGCACACAGGACCCCGAGGUACCUGGAACUGUACAUAGUGGCAGACCACACCUUGUUCGUGACCCAGCACCGGAACCUGAACCACACCAAACAGCGUCUCCUAGAAGUCGCCAACUACGUGGACCAGCUUCUCAGGACUCUGGACAUUCAGGUGGUGCUGACUGGCCUGGAAGUGUGGACCGAGCGGGACCGUAGCCGCGUCACGCAGGACGCUAACGCCACGCUCUGGGCCUUUCUGCAGUGGCGCCGGGGCCUGUGGGCGCAGCGGCCCCACGACUCCGCACAGCUGCUCACGGGCCGCGCCUUCCAGGGCUCCACAGUGGGCCUGGCGCCAGUCGAGGGCAUGUGCCACGCAGAGAGCUCGGGAGGCGUGAGCAUGGACCACUCGGAGCUCCCCAUUGGCACCGCAGCCACCAUGGCCCAUGAGAUCGGCCACAGCCUCGGCCUCAGCCACGACCCCGACGGCUGCUGCGUGGAGGCCGCGGCCGAGCCCGGAGGCUGCGUCAUGGCCGCAACCACCGGGCACCCGUUCCCACGCGUGUUCAGCGCCUGCAGCCGCCGCCAGCUGCGAGCCUUCUUCCGCAAGGGGGGCGGCGCGUGCCUCUCCAAUGCCCCGGACUCCGGGCUCCCGGUGCCACCAGCGCGCUGCGGGAACGGUUUCGUGGAGGCGGGCGAGGAGUGUGACUGCGGCUCUGGCCAGGAAUGCCGCGACCUCUGCUGCUUCGCUCACAACUGCUCGCUGCGCGCGGGGGCCCAAUGUGCCCACGGGGACUGCUGCGCCCACUGCCUGCUGAAGCCGGCUGGAGCACUGUGCCGCCAAGCCAUGGGCGACUGUGACCUCCCUGAGUUCUGCAUGGGUACUUCCCCGGACUGUCCCCCGGACAUUUACCUACUGGACGGCUCGCCCUGCGCCAGGAGCAGUGGCUACUGCUGGGAUGGCACAUGUCCCACGCUGGAGCAGCAGUGCCAGCAGCUCUGGGGGCCUGGCUCCCAUCCAGCCCCCGAGGCCUGUUUCCAGGUUGUGAACUCUGUGGGAGAUACCCAUGGGAACUGCGGCCAGGACAGCGAGGGCCACUUCCUGCCCUGUACUGAGAGGGAUGCUCUGUGUGGGAAGCUGCAGUGCCAGGGUGGAAAGCCCAGCCCACUCGCACCACACAUGGUGCCAGUGAACUCCACCGUUCACCUAGAUGGCCAUGAAGUGACCUGUCGGGGAGCCUUGGCACUCCCUGGUGCAAAGUUGGACCUGCUUGGCCUGGGCCUGGUAGAGUCAGGCACCCAGUGUGGACCUAGAAUGGUGUGCCAGAGCGGGCGCUGUGAGAACACUGCCUUCCAGGAGCUGCAGCGCUGCCUGACUGCCUGCCACAGACACGGGGUAUGCAAUAGCAACCAUAACUGCCACUGUGCUCCAGGCUGGGCUCCACCCUUCUGUAACAAGCCAGGCUUCGGUGGCAGCGUGGACAGUGGCCCUGUGCAGCCUGAAAGCCGUGACACCUUCCUGUUGGCCAUGCUCCUCAGCGCCCUGCUGCCUCUGCUCCCAGGGGCGGGCCUGGCCUGGUGUUACUACCGACUCCCAAGAGCCCAUCUGCAGCGAUGCAGCUGGGGCCGCAGGAGGGACCCUGCGUGCAGUGGGCGGCUGCCUCACCCUUGACUUCGCCCUUAUUUCCCCGCUCAGAUUGCAGCCCCUGCACCAUGCUGCCCCUAGAGGCCUCUCCAGCCUCUGUCUCAGGAGUUUUCAGCCCUUUGCCACUUCCUCUGUCCAAAUCACCUCUGUCAACCCCUUCAAGUUCCCAAAUGCUGGGCCCAGCAGAUUUUUUCACUCCAUACCACUGGCCAGCUAUGGCGCUGGAUGUCCUCUAUGCCAGGGCCCUGCCCUAACCCGGUUCUCUGUGACCUGCGGGGGGAGAGUCACAUAAUACUAAGCAUGGCUGUCCAGGCACUCUGUGGCCAUGUCUAUCAUAGCCAGGUCUUGGGAGGGCUCUGGGUAAGCCAAGGGAGAUGGCAGUGUUUGGGUCGAAGAUAGGGGCAGAGGGCAUAACAGACAGGGGCAGGGUACCACCUGGGCCCCGGGUGGCAGCUAAGAAGACCCUGACACCGUGAGUAGUGAUGGAGGGUCUGUGGGCAGAGGAGGAGGUGGCCAGAGCCUGGCAUGUCAGCAUGGAGGGGACACUGCAGAGGGCGGAGGCUGCUUCUCAUCCCCAGGCGGGAGUUUUAGGGUAGGAGAGAAUGCUUUGAAGGAACAUCACAGGAAGUGGCAAGGCCCUGGGAGAUGGGAGGGGGACAGUCAAAGAUGGCUUGUAAUCAUCAAGGGCAGCAGGGUACCCAGCGGCAAGGUGAGCAGACACAGCUGCUGCAGUGGGGGACAUCCAGGUUUCUUUGGAAGCUGAGUGAUGCCAACAUCUGGAAAGUGCCAGGCUGCUGGGUGGUGCCGGAGCCUGGAAGAAAUGUUAGGACUGGAGAGAGGGGGUGCCAGCCGUCCUGCGAGGCAUGAGGCACAAGUGGAGCCUGGGUCCCAGGGAUCCCCUGAAGAGGGAGCUGGAAGGGAGCUGAGAGGGUGACUUGGAGCAGAUGGGUGCCCCAAGAAACUCAGUAAAUGCAGAACUCCCCAGGCUGGAUGCCAUGCUGCGGGAGGCAAUAACCCACUCAGGGUCAAUGUGCCAACUUCCUGGACUCUUAUCCCACUGCUCAGGCCUAAGGAUGGCCCACACAGGGACCACCCCCUGGGCAGCAUUCACCCCAUGGAGUUGGGCCCCACAGCCACUGGACAGCCCUGGCC